GGUAUAUGGCCAAUAUACCACGGCUAAGGGCUGUAUCCAGGCACUCCGUGUUGCGUUGUGAUCUUGAACAGCCCUUAGUCAUGGUAUAUUGGCCACAUACCACACCCCAUCUGGCCUUAUUGCUUGAGUAUAGAAUACUAGAUGAAAGACCACUAACUCAUGCUAAAUAGUCACAAAUGGCUAGCUAGCUAGCAAAAGAUGUCAACAUAGCUAAGACUGCAGAUUCUAGCUAGCUACUGUCUUCUACUUGAUUAACAACGUCCCUGUCUCGAACUGUCAACACCUUCAUCGAGCACCAACUAGCUACAGCUCCUGGGUGCAGUCUGGCCAAGAAAAUAAUGUCCUACAGUUGAAGAUGGGAGGUAGUGGCUCCAAAACCAAGGGUUAUUGGCCUUUUGCUGGUUCAGGCAGUGUUGAUGGUGAUCCAACCAAAGACGGAGUCGACGAACAGUCGCUGGCGAGGCUCCGAAGUUUCCAAAGGGCGACGCCCUUCGUGUUUACCAGACAAAGCUCCCUGUACUUUGACGAGGAUGGAGACCUGGCCCACGAGUUCUAUGAGGAGACGGUUGUGACGAAGAACGGCCGCAAGAGGGCCAAACUGAAGAAGAUCCAGAAAAACCUCAUACCUCAGGGAACCAUAAAGCUGGAGCACCCCUGCAUCCAUGUGGAUUUCCCUGUCGUUCUCUGUGAGGUUUGAUGAAGUCUGUAGCCACGUUUUGAGACCAGACUCAGACUAGCCAAUGUGUCAACUCCGUCCCCCUGUUUCCCUCUCCACCUGUACUUUACCCUGAAGCCCUCUAAACCACCGUGGUCUCCCUGUGAUGAUGUUUGGCCGGAGCCCUGACCUGUGAUGAUAGACAGGCUGUCUAAACACAUUAUUGUGUUGAGCCCCUGCAUGUGGACUCUGUAAAGUGUGGCCUGUGUGAAGUCACGUUACACAAAGUAGUACCUGGCCACUUACGGAGACCGUCGAUGAUCUGUGAAACACGUCAGUUAAGAUGGCUGAAGACAUAAUUAUUGCUCACGUUACCCUCAACCUAUUCAAUAUAUACAGUAUGUGUGUUAGUGGAUAUGGAAUGAAGUGUGACAACAGCUUGUCUGGCUGUCUCACAGCAGCAGUGUGCUCUGGUAGGAGGAUCCAUUGUACUUUGUAAGAAGAAUGUAAUGGGACAAUUUGAGUUGAACCAUGGGCUGUUAAGUAGAGUCCCUCAAAAUAGGCCGGCAAUCCUAUAUCUUUAAACCCUGCCCUAGAGAGUUAAUUUACCAUCUGUACGCAUUAAGGGGUGAGAUUUUCCGAUACCUGUUCAGUCUUCAGAGCUUCCAGAGUAAUGAUAGGGCUUCAGCUAUUAGGGCCAUAUCCUGAGGUUAGAGAUAUAGGAAUAUUUUAUGCACAUUUUAUGUUUACAAGUAAAACAAAAAAAACAUCAUGGCUUGAUAUAAUUUCCACCAUGCGUGACGAUGGCUCUGCUUCUCAUUUCCCCAUGAUGGAGCUAGACAAUUGGUGGCCAAUGUGAUCUAAGCUUAUCUUAAUGUGACGUGUUGUAAUGUUUGACUGGCUGUGGUGAUCAUGGUGUCAAGACCAGGGCUUUAUGAAAUGUUUGAGUAUGGGCUGAUCUAGAAUCAGUUUUAACCUUUGAGAUCAUCAUAGUGAAUCACAUUGACAUUAAAGGGACGGGGGACGGGCUGGGGUUUGAUCCUAGCUCGGCAAUCCUACUGAAUAGCUUUUUUUUUUUUUGCACGUGCCCAGGCCUCAGACACAUGUACAGAGAAGCACGAACUUUAGUCCCCUGGGAAAGUCCUCUGUUCCUUCACUGCUUUAGCGUGAUACAUUUCACUGUUAAUUUAUUUUAACUGUUAUAAUGGCAUUAUUUUUUAAUUACAACUCAAAAUGUAUCCAGUUGGGUCGUGGUCCCUUUGUCUUCUACAUACCAUUACACGAACUGAUGUCUCCCUCUUUCAACUGUGGAAUUUCUGUGUUCUCUUCUCCCCAUAUCUGUGUUCAUGGAUAGUGUUAUGGAAUAGGUUACUUAGUUUAGACAGCUCACUUCCACACUCCAUACCCCCGUCAGGGGGCAGCAGCAACCUUGUCCAGGUGUUGAGCCUGGUUGAUAAGCACAUCAGGUGCUGCCAAUUCAGUUGGUCAAUAGUCGGUGUCCCAGCUUGAGAGCCAUGAGGCUGCUGGGUUGGUUUGGUGGCCAUGAAGCCUUUCGUUUUGAUGUUGUCUCUUUAGUUUAGGUAUGCCUGUUUGUAGUUUUUUAUACAUUUGUUUCCGUCACCAUCUGAACAUAAUAAUCCGCUUGGGCUCGCCAACCCAAAGGAGUCAAGUCAGAGCUGGACCUAAGGCAAGGUUGCUGUCUUCCUGGGCACAUGUGCACCCAACACGGUCCUCAAACACAGAUUUCUCAUACAAUGAACAAAAAUAAACCCAACAUGUAAAGUGUUGGUCCCAUGUUUCAUGAGUUUAAAUAAAAAAUCCCCAAAAAGUUC